CAAACAACAUCUGAAUUCGGGACAAAAAGAGAAAUUUUUUAAUUAAAAAUGGAAAACAAAAUGAAAAAUCUUCCAUUCAUACCGCAAGAUAUCCUCGACGACUUGGCGAGUCGUUUCAUCAUCAAUAUUCCAGAAGAGGAGAAAGCCAAUAUGGUUCGUGUUUGUUUCCAAAUUGAGCUCGCCCAUUGGUUUUAUCUGGACUUUCUUUGUUCGCACAAGGAACAAAAACAAGACAAAAAGUUGCCGUCGUGCGGCAUGAAGCAGUUUACGUCAAUAAUCUUCCAGCAUGUGCCGUUUCUGCAUCCGCAAGUCCCGAAUUUGGACAAAAUUCUCGAGGAUUGGAAGCAAUACAAGCUCUCGGUGCCCACGUAUGGCGCCAUUUUGAUCUCCGAGAACCUCAAAAGUGUCUUGCUCGUGCAAAGUUACUUCGCCAAAAGCUCGUGGGGCUUCCCAAAGGGCAAAAUUAACGAGAAUGAGGAUCCGAUGCAUUGCGCAAUUCGUGAAGUUUACGAAGAAACGGGCUACGAUUGUUCCAAAGGCAUCAAAGAAAAUGAUUAUAUCGAUCUCAUCAUUAAUUUCCAAUACACGCGAUUGUAUCUCGUAACCGGCGUUUCGCUCAAUACAAAGUUUCAGCCACGCACGAGAAACGAAAUUAAAUGUUGCGAAUGGUUCCCCGUCGAAUUUCUGCCUUCCAACAAAUAUCAAGUAGAAGCAAAAGCCAAUCUUGGGAUCGGGCCGAAUUCAUUUUUCAUGAUUUUACCUUUCAUCAAACCCCUGAAACGCUGGCUCAAGGAGUUUGAACGUCGCAAAAAAGACGAAAACAAGCCUUCUACAAGCAAAUCGACGACAAAUCGUCGAAAUCGCAUGCAACCAAAUUUCGAUGCGACGCCCGAAGCACCGCCAAGCAUCGAAAAAGAUCGUCGUCCUCGUCCCAAAUCAACCUCAGAAGAGGGUUUCAAGCUUGCCAACUUUGAAAUUCCUCAAAAUGUCGCAGUUCCCAACAUUUACGGGUCGCCAGCGCCUCCAACAGUUACUCAAGCAUUGCCCAGCGGAAGCAAACAAGAACCCCGAAGACGUCGUCUCGUCUUUGAAAAUAAAAAUUUCAAGCAUGAAGAAGCUCCGACGACACCAAUAACGAUCCUGCAACGACAACCUGAAAAAACCUCGACGCCAAUAACGCUUAAAACGGUUGCGGAACAACCGAAAAAAUCAUUUAGUGAGGCCUUUGCGGAAGAUGCGAAGAAAAUUAUGGCGCGAGAAUUCAAAUUUGACAAACAGAAAAUUAUGGAUUUGUGGCAUCGGACGAUGAUAAAUACAGCCAAAAGUGGAUUGUAAAUAGUAUUUUUUUUAAUUGUACAAAAUUUUUGUAUAGAUUUUUGUUUUAGACGAAUAAAUUUAAUAUUUUUACUUUUUGUCGAAAAA